UAAACCUCUUUAUAUCUUCUGUCUGGAUUUUUCAGUUUUAAUUUUCGUAUUUUAGUCGUCAAAUUGAAACAAUUAGUUAAGACAAAGGGAAUCGAUGAGUUCGAUGUUUUGACCUCAUCUCUCUUCCCCUCCACAAUUCUAUUGUUUUAUUUAUUGUUUUGAUAGUCGAGCUAUUCUGCUGAAGACACUCGGCUCUGCUUUGUUUUGGUUAUUUUAAAUCUCGGUUAUUUCUUCCGUUGAACGUACAGAUUUGUUUAUAGGCCGUGAUGUCAGACGAUCGCGGUGUGAUCGGUUUAAGGUUCAAUCAGGACCAAGGAUGCUUCACUUGCUGCAUGGAAAGUGGGCUGAGGUUGUACAACGUCGAGCCCCUCGUCCAACUUGCCAACUAUCCCAUCGACACCAUGGGGAGCCUUUCACAAUGCGAGAUGCUCAAAAUGACAAACAUUUUAGCCUGCAUUGCUGGAGGUUCUCGGCCUCAGUUUGCAAAUAACUCAGUACUACUCUACGAUGACAAUACAUCGACAUCGUUUCUUGUUCUUAUUUUCUCAUCACCUGUAAAAUCCGUCAGACUGAGGAAAGACAAAAUUGUAGUAGCCACUGUGUCGCAAAUAAAUGUCUUUUCGUUUCCUAACAAAGUAGAAAGACUUUUUACUCUAGAAACACGUCACAAUCCAAAAGGCUUAUGUGAAAUUACGCCCAUGUUGACCGGGGAAAGGCAUCUUCUCAUAUUCCCCGGUCACAUAAUUGGAAGUAUUCAGAUAGUGGACUUGGCGAAUACAGAAACUGGUACAACAAGCGCGCCCAUCACAGUCAAUGCUCACCAAAACGAGUUGGCUUGCCUAGCCAUUAAUCAGCAAGGGACUUUGGUCGCAACGGCUUCAGUGAAAGGGACACUGAUUCGAGUUUGGGAUACUGUCAAGAGGAAAUUACAAGUAGAACUCAGAAGAGGGUCUGAUCCUGCAACAGUAUAUUGCAUUAACUUUAGUCAAAAUUCUGAGUUCUUGUGUUGCUCAAGUGAUAAAGGAACAGUGCACAUAUUCGCCCUUAAAGAUACUCGCCUAAAUAAACGAUCAUCAUUCUCAAGAAUUAGUAUAUUAGGAACAUACGUUGAAUCCCAGUGGGCUUUAGCUACAUUUACAGUGCCAGCUGAAUGCGCUUGCAUAUGUGGAUUCGGUUCGAGGAACUCUGUUAUUGCAAUUUGUGUUGAUGGGACUUUUCACAAAUAUGUUUUCAACGCCGACGGCAAUUGCAAUCGGGAGAAGUACGAUGUUUUCAUCGAUAUAACUAAUGACGAUGACUUUUGAAAAACAAAUACGUAUGAGCCUAAUAUAUUGAUGAACACCGUGUAAAUAUUCUUGUAAGGGACUAUUUUAACAUUUUACCAAUUAAAGCUAUUAUUUGAACCAGUUGGAAAGUUAAACAAAAAGUGAUUCUGGAGAAAUAUCUAUAAUUUCUAACAACUCAAAAAUCAAAAUAUUAGUCAAGAAACCGAUCUCUUUUUUUUCACAUUAUUUUUAAUGAAGUGAUUUUUAAUUAUUUUUUGUGCCUCAUCUGUUGAUAUUUUUAUGUAGGUUCUUUUACUCAUAAAGGUAUUUUUAUUUUAACUUGCACAAAUUUCCAGUUUGUUUAUAUGAGUAGGGUUUUAAUAAUAUAAGCAUGUCUGACUGAUUUUUGGGUCACCUUUGAUUGCUCAUAUGAAUUGUGGUUUUUAUUUUAAUUUUCUGUUAACCAGAAGGCAGUUUUUUUUAAUCUGGUUAGGACUUAUCAACCUAGUU